UAGAUAUUGGCGGGCAUCAAGAUGGCGUCGUUGGAAGAGGAUGAUUUUGCUGCAAUAUCAGAGCUAAUGGAUGUAUUGAGUGAAAGUGAAGAAGAGCAAGACAGCAACGAGAAGGAAGAAGAGAGAGAGACACAAGAAAAAACUGUCAGUCCUCCUUCACAGUCUGAAUCUGAUGAACUGGCUUCAUUAAGAGCCGAAAUGCUUAAAAUGAAGCAAGAGUUGGAAUAUUUAAAGAAGCAAACAUCAAGAGAGACGAAUCAAACGACCAAGAGAGAUCAAGAGAGUGUAGUUAUUAAAACUGGGCAGAGGAAAAGAACCGCCCACUCACCUGAUGAAAUGACAUCAUCAAUUAAGAGACGUAAAGUAGGUGGGGCUAACAGCGAUGAGUCAUGUGAUACUGAACGAUUUACCGGACUUAGAAUAAAGAAUCCAUUAGUUUCGUCCGAAUUAAUGAAAGAAAGGAUGAGUGGGCGUAAGAUGAUUAGGAUACCGCAAAUAUAUCCUAAUAUAAAGAAGGAGGAUUUUGAUAUUGCCGGAGAUUGGGUGACGGGCGGAGUAUUAGUUAAUAAACUACCACCCAAAAAUACAACAAAAGGUUCAAAGUUCAGUGUAUGGAAAUUGAGUGAUUUGUCUUCACAGAAUGACGUAGUCUCGUUAUUUUUAUUUGAUAAAGCAUUUGAUGUCCAUUGGAAGACACCAAUCGGUACAGUGGUCGCCAUCUUAAAUCCAAAAAUACAAAAUAAACAGGUUAAUUCUGGUCCUGGCAGUAAUUUCAGUCUAUCAUUAGACAAUAACAAUAAACUGAUGAUCCUUGGUGUCUCAUUUGAUUACACUGUCUGCUCUGCUAAUACCAAGUCUGGAAAGAAAUGCACGAAUUUUGCAAAUAAGCAGUAUGGUGGAAAGUGUGAGUAUCAUUUACAAGGAGAAUAUUUUAAAUCUAGAUCGAAAAGGAUGGAGUUACAGGGAAAUUAUGGACCGAAGACUAUUGACAUCCAUGCUAAGAUAUUAGGAAAGAACGAAGUGUUUCAUGGAGGAAAAUGGUUUAGCAAUGAGAAGAUCAAAGCUAAAAGAGACAGAGCUGAAGACGAAUAUUCGAAUAGACUGUUUGCUCCAGGUGCAAGUGAAAGAGCCAGGGAAAGUGUGACAGUCCUUGGCAAAGAACUCUGCGAGAAAUCUGGAGGUGUGAAAAUAUUUAAAGAUGGAGUGAGGACACAGAAAGGGAGUGAGAUAUUUAAGAAGCUACUCUCUGCUCAGACUCCUGGUGCUGUGUGCUAUAAUAAAUUUUUAGACAAGAAAGAGAAAGAAAAAAGUGAUGUUAAAUCAGAUAAGACUCCAUUGCAGCUGUUAAAUGAAUUCUCAAAAGAAAAAGAAAAGAAACAAGCCGUACCUAAACUUACUCAAUCUGAUUUCGAACUAUUUACUCCUGACAAUGUCACCGUGGCAACACCUGUUGCCAAGACAACACAGGUUGCUAAAGCAACGCCUGUUACUAAGGCAACUUCUAUUACCAAGACAACACCGGUUGCUAAAGCAACACCUGUUACUAAGGCAACUUCUGUCACCAAGACAACUCCUGUUGCCAAGGCAGUGCCUGUUACCAAGGCAAUGCCUAUGCUUGCGUCUAAAGAAAAUGUCAGACCUUUUAAAAGUGAGAGAGGGAAAGACAGCAGCUCCUGUUUAAGCAAGACAUCUAAACUAACAAGAGGAGAAAUAGCAAAACAAAGAGCUAAAGAACAUGCAAUUAAUGUAUUAAAGAGAGAUAAAUCUAAGUCAAAAAUUAAUGAUAUGACAUGUACAAAGGAGUUUGACUCUCCCUCUAUAUCUCGUCCCUCUUCACUAGAUAUUGAUAAAAUUGAAAGAUUAUUAUCAACUCAUUCUUCUCAUAGUUCUGCAGUUGAUGAGGAUGAAAGGGAAAAGGAAGAUACUUACUUUAAGCAGUUGGAGAGAAAGGAAGCGAUCGAAGAGAAAUUAAGAUCAACCACAGAACUGACAGUGAGUGCUGUUAAUUGUAUCGAGUGUAAUUAUGUUGCUGAGUCAGCAAGUAGUAGAUGUAUAAAUGAGUCACAUGUAAUUAAGAGAUUACGUGCUGUGAAGAGAUGUUUUAAAUGUGGUGGGUGUGGCUCCAGAGUAUUUACGUAUAAUGAACGUUAUCCUAAAAGAAAUUGCCAUUGUGGUGAUAGCUCAUACAGCCCUGCAUCUGUAUAUAAAGUGCGUACUGAUCCUAAGUUACCUGGGGAUGAGUUAUCACUUAGAGGAGAUGAAAUAAAAUUUUUAAACAGUUUAAAUUAAGCACACACUAAAAUCGAAAUAUUUAUACAUUUUUAAUAACAAUAUUUAAUAAUAAUAA